CUUCUGGCAGGAGCGAAGCCACUUCCGGCUUUCCUGGCGUCUUCUGCAGCCUUCUUCCGGCCUCCUUGGCGCCUUCAUAGUGCUCUUCCGGGUGGUGGAGGUACGGUCAGAUGCCCCGGAUGUAGCCCUGGCGAAAGCAUCUUUCCUCUCUUUACCCGCGCUUCUCCCUGGAUCCCCAGCUGGGGAAGACUCCUCCGUCCAGUCAUGCCAAAGAGGAAAGUGACCUUCCAAGGCGUGGGAGAUGAGGAUGAUGAGGAUGAAGUCAGUGUUCCCAAGAAGAAGCUGGUAGACCCUGUGGCUGGGGGCCCUGGGAGCCGCUUCAAAGGCAAACACUCUCUGGACAGUGAUGAGGAGGAUGAUGAUGAGGAGGAGGGAUCCAGCAAAUACGACAUCCUGGCCUCCGAGGAUGUGGAAGGUCAGGAAGCGGCCACGCUUCCCAGUGAGGGGGGUGUGCGAAUCACACCCUUCAACCUUCAGGAGGAGAUGGAGGAGGGCCACUUUGAUGCUGAUGGCAACUACUUCCUGAACCGUGACGCUCAGAUUCGAGACAGCUGGCUGGACAACAUUGACUGGGUGAAGAUCAGGGAGCGGCCACCUGAUCAGCAGCAGGCUUCAGAGGAGGAGGAGGAGGACAGCUUGGGCCAGACACCAAUGAGCGCCCAGGCCCUCCUAGAGGGACUGGUGGAGCUACUGUUGCCGAGAGAGACAGUAGCUGGAGCGCUGAGGCGUCUGGGGGCCCGAGGGGGCGGCAAAGAGGGUAGCAAGGGGCCUCGGCGGCCCAGUUCCCCGCAGCGUCUAGAUCGGCUGUCUGGGCUGGCUGACCAGAUGGUGGCUCGGGGCAACCUUGGUGUCUACCAGGAAACAAGGGAACGGUUGGCCAUGCGGCUGAAGGGUUUGGGCUGCCGGACCCAGGGACCCCAUGACCCCACACCUCCACCCUCCCUGGAUAUGUUUGCUGAGGAAGUAACGGAGGGGGAGCUGGAGACCCCGACCCCUGCCCAGCGAGGAGGAGCAGAGUCGCCAGGCGAUGGUUUGGCGGAGGUGAUGUGGGAGUAUAAGUGGGAGAACACGGGGGAUGCGGAGCUGUACGGGCCCUUCACCAGCGCCCAGAUGCAGACCUGGGUGAGUGAAGGCUACUUUUCGGACGGCGUGUAUUGCCGGAAGCUGGACCCUCCUGGCGGUCAGUUCUACAACUCCAAACGCAUUGACUUUGACCUCUACACCUGAGCCUGCUGCGUGCCAGAUUUAGCAGCCCCGACCUUCCAGGACUUUCCGAGCGGGGAGGCGCCAGCUGCCUCAGGCCACUUUUCAAACAGUUUCCCUUCUCCCAAUAAAAGCCUGGGUGUACAUUAGGGUUUUGGCUCUGCUGGUGGCCAGAAGCAGCGGGCCUGCUCCACAGCCCAUUGGGCUUGCCUCAGUCUUUGACCAGUUUUUUCUUGGGAGUUUCUCUCGGGUGUCUUGGGCUGCUUCACCCUGGUUUUCUGCCCUCUAGUGGCAUAGCCAGGGCCUCUCCGGUGUCCUGUGCUCUCUGCCUGGAUGCUGGUGGCUGUGUAAAAAUCCAUUCACACACACUC